AAAGAAAAUAAUGUAAGAAAAAACAAAAGAACUAAAACAAAGAUCUAGCAGAUCGUCUCCAUCUUCAUCUUAGUUGAGGAAAUUUGGAGAAGAUUAGUUCUUCCUAUCAGUGGCUUCAAAUCUCACUCCAAAGAUCUUUAUCCGUCCUAAACUCGGAGAAUCUCCCAGAUAUUUAUCCGUCCUAAACUUGGAGAGUUGAUGAAUUGUAAAUUUGCUGCAUCAGAUUGGAAAUUGCAGGUAUCCACCAAUCGCUACAGUUUCAUAGUUCGUCGCGUUGACCUCAUCUAAAUUGGAGAGAUACAAAUCGCUACAUAUGAUGAGAUCUAAAAAUCGCCUAGAUUGGAGAGCUACAGAUGAAGGAAAAAUUCACAUCAGCUGUAAAUCACCUAAAUUUUCAACUCAAGCUCUAUCAGAUGCAUCAAUUUUUGCUAAAAAGACCCAUAUUGGCGUGUCGUCUAACAAAAGAAGUUUAUAAGUAAAAUGAGUUCAAAUCUUCAAUGGAUGUACAAAAGAUUAACCAAAGGUCUGUAUGAUCCUGAAUUCCUAAAAGGUGUACAACAAUUUAUUGAGUUCGCUAUGAGUCAUCCAGAAGAAAGGGAUGGUGAGAGACUAAGGUGCCCAUGUAACCGAAAGAAAUGUCAGAAUAGAAACUUUGAAAAUGUUCAUACCGUCUAUGGGCAUUUAUUAAAAGAAGGUUUUGUACCAGGAUAUCAUGUAUGGUAUUUGCAUGGAGAAAGUGAAGUUGCGGAAACUAUAGAUCAAGAUGAAAGAAUGCACAACUGGGAACAUACUAUGAAUAACCUACCGGUUGAUGUUAGUGAAUUUGAUGAUCCUGGACCUAGUACGUCUUAUCAUAGAAUGGUUCAUGAGGCUGCUAGUCCCGCAUUUGUUCCAGAUGAUAUGGAGGAAUUACCUAAUCCUGAUGCCCAACAUUUUUAUGAUAUGCUUGAUUCUGCAAAUCAAGAAGUGUGGCCUAGUUGUGAAACACACUCAAAAUUAUCAGCUGUUGCUCAUUUGUUGCAUAUCAAGGCUGAACAUCACCUCUCUGAAAGAUGUUUUGAUGAUAUUUGUCAAUAUGUGAAUGAGAUGAUUCCGCCUGAUAAUGUGAUGCCAAAAAAUUUCUAUGAAACUAAAAUGUUAAUGAGGGGAAUGAACAUGCCAGUUGAAAAAAUUCAUACUUGUGUCAAUGCCUGCAUGAUUUACUGGGGAGAGGAUAGUGAACUUGUAAAUUGCAAGUUUUGUAGUCAUCCCAGGUAUAAGCUUACAAGCCAAAGAUCUAUUCAGAAGAAAAAUCUUGUACCAUUCAAACAGAUGUAUUACUUUCCUCUUACUCCACGACUGCAACGAAUGUAUGCUUCCACAACAACUGCUUCACACAUGCGAUGGCACGCUGAACAUGAAGUUGAGGAAGGUGUGAUGCGUCACUGUUCAGAUGCACCUUCAUGGAAGCAUUUUGAUAAGAUGUAUCCAUCUUUUUCAGAGGAAAAUCGUAAUGUUAGAUUGGGACUGUCCACUGAUGGGUUUCAGCCAUUUGGUCAAACAGGAAAGCAAUAUUCAUCUUGGCCAAUAAUUGUGACACCAUACAACUUACCUCCUUGGAUGUGUAUGAAAGAUACAUAUUUAUUUUUAUCGGUUAUAGUUCCUGGACCAAAGAAUCCUAAGCAACAACUAGAUGUCUUCUUGCAGCCUUUGAUUGCUGAGUUGAAGAACCUAUGGAAUGUAGGUGUCAACACAUAUGAUAUCUCUAAGAAUUAAAAUUUUCAAAUGCGGGCUGCUUUGAUGUGGACAAUAAGUGACUUUCCUGCAUAUUCGAUGUUGUCUGGAUGGAGUACUGCAGGCAGGCUAGCAUGUCCAUAUUGUAUGGAGAAUUCUGAUGCUUUUACUUUGACAAAAGGUGGUAAGCAGUCCUGGUUUGACAACCACCGUAAGUUUUUGCCACUUAAUCAUCCAUACAGGAAGGAUAAGAACUCAUUUAGAAAGAACAGGGUAGUAACCAUGCCUCCUACCCCAUUACGAUCAGGAGAAGAUGUCUUAAAAGAGAUAGAAGAACUAGGACUUAAAAAGGUAACAGAACUUGGGGCUGAUAUUAUUAAUCGUCAGAUUAGUAAGUUUUCUGGUUGGAAGAAGAGAAGCAUAUUUUGGGAUUUGCCAUAUUGGAGUACCAAUCUCAUUCGGCAUAAUCUAGAUGUAAUGCACAUUAAGAAGAACUUCUUUGAGAAUGUGUUCAACACAGUGCUGGAGUUAGAUGGUAAAACAAAAGAUAAUCCCAAAUCAAGAGAAGACUUGAAAAAGUUCUGUCGACGCCCUGAAUUACAUGUUGUUGAUGGAAGUAUCCGAAAGCUAUUUACACACUGAAAGAAGAGUCAAAAAAAUUGUUGUGUGAAUGGGUGAAAAAUCUAAAAUUUCCUGAUGGAUAUGUCUCGAAUAUGGGAAGGUAUGUGGACAUGAAAAAACACAAGUUAUUCGGUAUGAAAAGUCACGAUUGUCAUGUAUUUAUGCAAAGAUUGGUACCUGUUGCAUUCCGUGAGCUAUUACCCAAAAAAGUGUGGGAAGCACUUACUGAGACGAGCCUUUUCUUUAGGGAUAUCACUUCUACAGUAAUUCGUGAAGAGGAUAUGGUAAAACUACAACAAAAAAUACCUGAAAUACUUUGUAAAUUAGAGCGUGUAUUCCCUCCUAGCUUCUUUGACUCAAUGGAGCAUCUCCCUGUGCAUCUCGCUUACGAAGCAAUUAUAGCUGGUCCGGUACAAUAUCGAUGGAUGUAUCCAUUUGAGAGGUAAGACUUCAUUUAUAUAUUCAAGUACUUUAUUUCUUUUGCAAUUAAACUUAUUUUAUUAAUCACCAGGCGACAAUAAAAAGCUUAGGGAGGAGCCAACCA